AUGAAAGAGGCACCAACGUCAUUACAGGCAGAGUCUGCGAAGCACUUAAGCUUCUUGAAUUCAAUGCUGACAAAACAGCACGUCUUACAUGACUACAAGGAUGUCUUCAGUGGACUUGGAAGGCUGCCAGGUACAUACCACAUAGAAACAGAUCCAACUAUGAAACCCAAGCAGAAGAUUCUCAGGCGUGUCCCUAUCCCAGUACAGGAUGAAUUGAAGAAGAAGAUUGAGGAUCUUGAGGAAAUGGGAGUAAUCGCUAAAGUAACAACCCCAACGCCAUGGAUAAGGAGCAUGGUGGUAGUCCGACAGCCAAACAAGCUACGAGUAUGCCUAGACCCAUCGGAUUUGAACAAGGCCAUAAUUAGAAACCAUUAUCCAACUCCAACUAUUGACGAAAAGUCACCCAAACUGACCAAUGCCAAGGUAUUCUCAGUAGUCGAUGCAAAAGAUGGAUUUCUGAAAAUUGUCUUGGACGAGCUAUCAAGCUACCUCACAACAUUCUGGACACCUUAUGGCCGUUACAGGUGGUUGCGAAUGCCAUUCGGGAUCAAGUCCGCCCCAGAAGAGUUCCAGCGCAGAAUCAAUGAAUGUAUUGAAGGCCUUCCAAACAUCGCAGCAGUCCAUGAUGACAUCAUCAUCUAUGGAACGGGUGAAACAGAAGAAGAAGCAAUGGCAUGUCAUGAUGCAGCUCUGAAAGACCUACUGGAUAGAUGCAGAGAACACAACCUGAAGCUCAACCCAAAGAAGCUCAAAUUCAAGUUGGACAGGGUGACCUACUAA